AUGUCUUCGCGCCCCCAGAAUAUCGGCAUCAAGGCCAUUGAAAUUUACUUCCCAAACCAGUGUGUUGAGCAGUCAGAGUUGGAGAAAUUCGAUGGCGUGUCCCAGGGAAAAUACACAAUUGGUCUGGGCCAGACGAAGAUGAGCUUCUGCGACGACAGAGAAGAUAUCUAUUCCUUCGCUCUCACUGUUGUCUCGAGACUUCUCAGCAAGUACAAGAUCGACACAAACUCCAUUGGCCGUCUCGAGGUCGGUACUGAGACUAUUCUUGACAAGUCGAAGUCCGUCAAGUCUGUUCUUAUGCAACUUUUUGGCGACAACACGAACAUCGAGGGAGUUGAUACCAUAAACGCUUGCUACGGAGGAACAAAUGCCGUUUUCAACGCCGUCAAUUGGGUCGAAUCCUCUGGCUGGGAUGGACGUGAUGCCAUUGUUGUAGCAGGAGACAUUGCUCUCUACGCAAAGGGAGCUGCUCGCCCAACUGGUGGAGCUGGUGCCGUUGCCAUGUUGAUCGGCCCAGACGCUCCAGUCACAAUCGAAGCCGGUCUACGAGGAACCUACAUGCAACACGCCUACGAUUUCUACAAGCCAGAUUUGACCAGCGAGUACCCGAUUGUGGACGGUCAUUUCUCCAACAGAUGCUAUACCGAAGCCGUCGACGCCUGCUACAAGGCGUACAACAAGAGAGAGGCAACUUUGAAAGAGGCUGCUAAAGGUGUGAAUGGCCAUGCCAAUGGAAACGGGGCAACUCCUUCUGGUGGCUUGGACAGAUUCGACUACAUGACUUUUCACACCCCAACUUGCAAAUUGGUCGCCAAGUCAUACGCCAGACUGCUUUACAACGACUUCCUUGCCAACCCCUCUUCUCCAGCCUUUGCUGAUGUCCCCGCGGAACUCAGGGAUAUGGAAUACGAGAAGUCCCUAACUGACAAGGUUGUGGAAAAGACCUUUAUGGGAUUGACCAAGAAGCGGUUCAACGAGCGCGUUGGCCCAAGUAUCCAAGUUCCAACAAUGUGCGGUAACAUGUAUUGCGCGAGUGUGUACGGUGGUCUUGUGAGUUUGUUGGCCAAUGUGGACAGCGCUACUUUGCAAGGAAAGAGGAUCGGCGUUUACAGCUACGGAAGCGGUUUGGCCUCGAGUUUGUUUUCGUUGAAGGUCAAUGGAUCAACCGAAGCUAUUCAAAAGGCGUUGAACUUGCAGGAAAGACUUGCUGCACGCUCAACAGUAGCUCCACAGGUUUUCGAUGAUAUGUGCGAACUCCGAAAGAAGGCGCAUUUGCAAAAGAGUUAUACCCCAUCUGGCAGUGCCGAGACGAUUGCUAAGGACGUUUACUACCUGACAAAAGUUGACGACAUGUUCCGUAGAACGUAUGAGGUGAAGAAUUGA